UUUCAUUUCAACAGCAAGUACAGAGCUGUCUCUGGCGUUAAAAUUAUCUCGUAACAUGUGUACAGCAAAGCCCCUCUGUUGUAUUAACUCCUUUAGUGUUCAUUUGGUUCACUUCAGUAAACAGUGUGGGUGUUCUUCUACAGGACUAGUGAUUUUGCAGUGUGACAACAUAGACGGUGCGCAUAUAUAUCACAGAGGGGGAGAUAGCAGGCAGAGUGGAGCAGAGAGAUCCAGCUGAGCACAUUACGCAUCUGAUUCCCCACGCACUACUGUCGGAUCGCAAAAAAAAAAAAACACCGAGGAUAGGCUGCUUGCUGGUGCACAUGCUUUAUUUGCUGCUACUUGUGGACAAAGUGGAUUAGUGAAUUUCGAGUCGCUGAAAGUCCGGCUCAGACUGCGUCUUUUGGGUCGGGUUGCGACCGAGCUUUGAAUGCAAACAUGAACCAAACAGCCACCGUUUCCCAAGUGAAGUGUCAAUCCUCUAAAUCCAUAAAGGACCUGGGUGGAGGGAGCCCUCCUCAGAGAAACUGGAAGGGGAUUGCCAUCGCCUUGCUGGUUAUUCUGUUGGUCUGUUCGCUCAUAACAAUGUCGGUCAUCCUCCUCACUCCAGUGGACACUCUAGCUGGCAGUGACACUAAGCUGACAGUGGAGGAUCUGUUCAGUUCUGAUUUCUAUGUACAUGAUCCUGAGGCUCGUUGGAUCAAUGAAUCUGAAGUCAUCUACAGGAACCACCAUGGCCAUGUCAUUAGGUUCAACAUCCUCACCAAUGAAACAGAUAUUAUCCUAAUGAACAGCACAUUUGUUGCUUUUAAAGCCACUAAAUACUCAAUAAGUCCUGAUAUGAAGUAUGUGCUUUUUGCCUAUGAUGUUAAACAGGUUUACCGUCACUCCUUCACAGCUUCUUACAUCAUCUACAAUAUUCACACCAGGGAGGUGUGGGAGUUGGACCCUCCAGAGGUGCUUAACUCCAGAUUACAACAUGCCGCUUGGGGAAUGCAAGGACAACAGCUGGUGUAUAUCUUCGAGAAUAAUAUAUAUUACCAGUCAGAAGUGAAGAUCAACUCACUCAGGCUGACAUCAUCAGGGAAAGAGGGCGUAGUGUACAAUGGCAUUGCUGACUGGCUCUAUGAGGAGGAAAUUUUACAUACUCAUGUCGCUCACUGGUGGUCUCCUGAUGGUGAGCGUUUGGCGUUCCUGGUGCUGAACGACAGUCUGGUCCCCAACAUGGUUCUGCCCAGCUUUACAGGGUCCACAUAUCCUAAAGGAAGACAGUAUCCUUACCCUAAGGCAGGUCAGCCCAACCCCAUGGUCAAACUCUUUGUGGUGAAUCUUUAUGGACCAACACACACUCUGGAACUCACCCCCCCGGAUGGGCUCAAACUCAGGGAGCACUAUGUAGUGAUGGUGAAAUGGAUCAGUAAGACUAAGACAGCAGUCAGGUGGUUGAAUCGAGCACAGAAUAUCUCCAUAUUGACUGUGUGCGACUCUACCACUGGAGCUUGCGUCAAGAGACAUGAGGAGACAUCAGAGCUCUGGCUCUCCAAACAGGAUCAGAAGCCUUUUUUCUCACAGGACGGCGGCCGAUUCUUCCUAACUGUACCAGUGAAGCAGGGCGGCCGUGGAGAGUUUCAUCACAUUGCAAUGUUCACCACACAGGUUAGGGUGGAUCAAAACGAGGUGCGCCACCUGACAUCAGGUAACUGGGAAGUGACAGAGAUUCUGGCUUAUGAUGAAAAUUCCCAGACCAUAUAUUUCUUAAGCACUGAAGGAUCCUCAAGAAGACGGCAGCUCUUCAGACUGAAGUUUGGAAGGACUGCUGUUCAAAAGAUUGUGUCCACAGUUGGUCUGUUCCCACGGCGAUGUCUGACCUGUGACCUGAACAAGGCCCACUGCACUUUCUUUAGUGCUGACCUCAGUCCAUCACAGCACCAUGUAAUACUGCACUGUAAAGGACCUGGAGCCCCAACAGUGAUUGUCCACACACUCCACACAGCCAAUUAUUUUAUUCUGGAGAAUAACUCUCUCCUUAAAGCUGCUCUGAGAUACAAGAGAAUCCAGAUCACAGAGUAUAAAACCCUUCAGACUGACCGCUUUGAUCUGCCUCUAAAGAUUUCCUUUCCCCCUGACUUCUCUGACUCACACCAUUAUGGACUACUGCUGAUGAUAGACAGCGUUCCUGGCGGUCAGCAGGUGGAUGACCGAUACUCAUUGGACUGGGACUCUGUAUUGGUGAGCUCAGACAAUGUGAUUGUGGCUCGUCUGGAUGGCAGAGGCAGUGGCUUCCAGGGACAAAAGAUUCUACAGGAAGUCCACAAGCGUCUCGGAGUGGUGGAGCUGCAGGAUCAACUCGCUGCUCUAGAAUACCUGAUGAAAUUUCCGUACAUAGAUCAAAACAGGAUAGGAGUGUUUGGACGGGGUUAUGGAGGAUAUGUGACACUCCUGCUGGUGAAGUCCACUGAGAGUUUGUUUAAAUGUGCUGUGGCCAUGUCUCCAGUAACUGACUGGACUUUACAUGCCUCAGCAUUCUCAGAGCGCUACCUAGGAGUUCCAUUGCAGGAUGACAGCAGAUACCAGUCCUCCAGCGUGCUACAGAAUGUACAGGGCUUUAGAGACCAGACUGUGAUGCUUGUACAUGGAACUGCAGAUGCAAAUAUUCACUUCCAACACUCAGCUGAACUCAUUAAAAAUCUGGUGAAGAUUGGAGCCAACUAUACACUGCAGAUUUAUCCUGAUGAAGGUCACUUCCUGUCAGAACAGAGUCGGCAGCAUCUUUCAGCAUCUCUGAGCAGCUACUUCCGAUCCUGCCUGCAGGAGGAUAUCUUCCCACUCGCAGAUGAAGAUGAGGAAGAGGAGGAGUAGGUUGAAGAGUGCAUUAACAGCAGGACCUUUACACACACACAUACACACCAGACCUUUCUCCACGCAGACCUGUGUAACACACACACACACACACACACACACACACACCACUGCUCCCUGUAGGAUCCCACCUUACAAGAGACCUGCACCUCUAAAUGGAAAGAUUUUUAGAUUUUUUGAUAAGAGGGAGUAUGUGUGUGAUUAGAUAUGUAUAUAUGCAUGUGGGUUUAUGUGUUGAUGUUUAGACAAUGUGAAUGUUGAUACAUAGGCCCAAAAGGUGUGUAAGUGUUUUUGUGUGUGUGUAUUUACUUGCUGAUAAUGGACAUUUCUAACUGGAAACAAACUUGGUUGUUAAAACAGCAACCAAUUCUUUCACAUAUCAGAAAUCACUUCUAUCUUAAGCCGGAUGCUUCACGCGCUGACCAAUCAUCAUACAGAUUUUUUAAUUGAAUCCUGAUUUGGCCAAUCACAGUGCAGAUGGUCUGUUUGUGUGGACCUGAUCCAGUCACACAGCUGCAUGUUUGUGUUUGUUUUUUCUUCAAAUAUGUGUGCGGUAGACACUGGGACAGUGUGCUGUGUGCAGACAAAGUGCUGCACUUUGUUACCGCACAAAAAUGCUCACUGUUUCCAUGGUAACAACCUUCACCGAGAAGAAGUGGCGUCUCCGUCAACAAGCGCUGAACCACGCUGAGAGGUUGAAACGAGGUUGACUCUUUUUGACAUACACACACUGACACACAGACAGGACUUUACUGGACGCUGUAAAAACCAGCUGCCCUGUCCACACACAAAACUGAAAUUGUAUCUAACAGGUGAACAUAUAUAUUUCAGCAGGACAUGUUUCCGGAUCACUGUUUCUCUAUUGUAGCUAAACCAACAUUGAUUUCAACUAACUGCUAUCUGAUGUGAUCAUUGUGAGUAUUCUGUCCUCCAAUUCCUGAGUCAUUUUUCCUGCAGAUAAAUGUUGCCACGUCCAUGAUUUCCUCACAGAAGUAGAUUACUUUUAACCAGAAGUUUAAGAAUUGGUCGUUUUACAUCUCCAGAUUCUAAUAAAAUACUGUAAUUAUUUUUAAAUUUUCAAUUACUUAUCCACAAAUACGAACCAUACUGCUCUUAUCAUGCAGGUGCUGCCACAGAGGUGUCUCCUGAUCCCAUUCAGAAAAUAGGCUCUGUACAUUUCUGUAUGCAGUAUGUUGAUAAUCUGUAAUAAUGUGAAAUGUUUUAAUAAGCUAUAUAUACUCUAUUAAACACUACUUUGUUUAAACUGAUUGGUAUUGCCAAAAUAAUACAGCACAUUUGGUUAUUGUAGUCAGGGGUGGACAAUGUACUGUAUAGAGUAUGGGCAGGUUUUCAGAUCUUGUAUUGUUUCUGGGCUGGCUUUAAUUACUGUAGACAUGGCAACCCUGCUGCAGACACAUUAGUCACUUCUAGAGAUGAUAAUAAAUGUGUGGAACUGUAUUUGAGUUCAUACAAUGUAUUAAUUAAUCUGUCAAUUAAAUUUUUGUCAAUACAGUCACCACUUGAUCCUUGGCAAGUUUGUGGUGAAUCUGCAAGGUGGGUGGGAAUACACCCAGUCUGUUGCAGGGUGCCAUGUGCACACACAUGCAUAGAGUCACUUAUACCUAGGGGCUAUUUGGCCACUAAUUGCAUGUCUUUGGAUGGAAGAAACCCAUCCAGUUAGUAUCUCAAGCUCAGGACUGAACACAGGAACCUUGAGCUGUGAGGUAGGAUUACCAUUAUAACACUGAUGACAUCAGAUAGCAGUGAUCGGUUACGUGUUUUAUCAUUCAAGUAAUCUACGGACAUGUGCUACUCAAAAAAAUCACAUUCACCGGGUAUCAGUUAUCACUAAAUUCCUUUGAAGCAUUUUGCCUUAUUUUUGUUAAUAUAUUUAAACUGUUGUGUUAAAAUAAAACAAUUGUGUUACAGAUUUGACUGAGUAAAGAACACAAUUAUGUGACAGAAAAUAAAUUAAAAGUUGAACACAGAUGGAGACUGCAAUAGCUUUAGAGCAACAGUAGUGCUUCAGAGUGAAAUGGAAUUUCUGGAUAGUUGUCAUUAGUCUAGCUCAUAGGGUAAUAGCACAGAAGUGUACACAGCAUGCAGAGGGAUUGUUUUCAUUGUAAUCUUUAGAUGUAAAUUAUUAAGGUGACGGGGCGCAUUAAAUGACUGAAUGAGAGCAUCAUGCUGAUGGCUCAGUGUGAUAUAUUGAAAGCUUCUGUAGCUUUUGUGCAACUGAAAUACUGAGAAACCUGUUCAAAUGACACACAGUGACUAACUAUACAAAACACGAGUUGAAUGUGGAAACUGAGCACGAAUAUUCUGUACCAUAUUACCAUGUUUAAAUCUUUAGUGCAGUCAUUAAAGUCAUAGUGUGGACAGGCCCUGUGUAAGGGUGCAUGUGUGUGUAUAUAGUAGACUCCAGAGAUGGCGGUGUGAUUUGUACAGACAAGUGUAUCCAGUACAUACAGUAUAUUUUUACGAUUUAUCAGAUAUCAUAGUAGUUUAGCAAGCAGGGUGGAUAUUGUCAUCAUCUGUGUUGGUUUGAUUGUUUAUCUCUUUUGUACUUUAGAUUUACUGUUUUUUCUGCUUUAUUUUUGUUUGGCUGGUUGGGAUCAGGGCAAUGAGAAGGAAGACAGGUUGGAGGAUUGGGCCUUUCUGUCCUCAAAUAAUGACUAUAAAUAAACAGCUCAUCCAAACUGA